CAUACAUAAACAAAGACGACUCCCACCCUAUUUCCUCUCCAUACCUACCUUCAAUUUUCACAGACCCAAUUUACCAUGCAAUCGCAUCCCCCACGCAACGACGGCGAUCGCACGCUGGAGGAUGACUCUCACGCCAUCGUCACCCGCCGUAUCCAGCGGCUCUCGUCGCAUCUCACCAUACCGGUAUCGUCGCCUCAUCAGUCUCAGCUCCACAUGUUGACGUGUGCCAGGGCUAAGCUGGAGGUGGACACCCGUGCUCUAUCGAGCUUGAUGAGGGGGAAACACAGGGAGAUUCAAGAGAGGGUGUUUAUGUUUUUCGACUCCAGGCCCGAUUUGCAGACCCCAAUUGAGAUUUCGAUGAAGGAUCACAGAGAACUCUGCAUGAGGCAGCUCCUGGCGCUGGUCAGAGAGGCUGGGAUCAGGCCUUUUAGAUACGUUGUUGAGGAUCCAGCUAUAUAUUUUGCCAUUGCUGAGGCGGUUGGGAGCGUCGAUAUGUCGCUUGCAAUCAAGAUGGGGGUUCAGUACAGUCUUUGGGGAGGUUCUGUGCUCAACUUAGGAACUAAAAAGCACCGGGAUAAGUAUUUUGAUGGUAUUGACAGUUUAGAGUAUCCUGGUUGUUUUGCUAUGACAGAACUUCAUCAUGGCUCAAACGUUCAGGGUAUCCAGACUGUUGCAACAUUUGAUCCCCUUACUGAUGAGUUUGUAAUCAACACACCAAAUGACGGGGCCAUCAAAUGGUGGAUUGGCAAUGCUGCAGUUCAUGGAAAGUUUGCAACUGUCUUUGCCAAGCUGAUGUUGCCAACUCAUGACUCAAAAGGAGUCUCUGAUAUGGGUGUUCAUUCCUUCAUUGUUCCAAUAAGGGAUUUGAAGACCCAUGAGACGCUCCCUGGCAUUGAAAUACAUGAUUGUGGCCAUAAGGUUGGUCUGAAUGGAGUUGAUAAUGGUGCACUGAGAUUCACUUCAGUUAGAAUUCCGCGUGAUAAUCUUCUUAAUCGAUUUGGAGACGUAUCUAGGGAUGGAAAAUACACUAGCAGUCUCCCGACAAUAAAUAAGCGAUUUGCUGCUACCUUGGGGGAACUUGUAGGCGGGAGAGUUGCCCUGGCAUAUUCUUCUGUGAGUGUCCUCAAAAUUGCUGUCAUAAUUGCCGUGCGAUACUCUUUACUCCGCCAACAAUUUGGUCCUCCCAAGAAGCCUGAAGUCAGCAUUCUUGAUUAUCAAUCUCACCAGCACAAGCUCAUGCCAAUGUUGGCUUCAGCUUAUGCAUUUCAUUUUUCUGCACAGUAUUUGGUUGAUAAAUAUUCAGAGAUGAAGAAGACUCAUGAUGAACAACUGGUUGGAGAUGUUCACGCACUGUCAGCAGGUCUCAAGUCCUACAUCACAUCGUUCACAGCAAAGUCAUUGAGCACUUGCAGAGAAGCCUGCGGAGGGCAUGGGUAUGCUGCUGUCAACCGGUUUGGUAGCUUGAGGAAUGAUCAUGAUAUUUUCCAGACAUUUGAAGGGGACAACACUGUGCUUCUACAACAGGUGGCUGGCGAUCUGUUGAAGCAAUAUAACGAGAAGUUCCAAGGUGGCACUCUUACAGUCACAUGGAACUACUUGAGAGAAUCUAUGAAUACAUACUUGUCUCAGCCAAAUCCUGUAACUGCUCGUUGGGAAGGUGAAGGUCACUUGAGAGAUCCUAAAUUCCAAUUGGAUGCCUUUAGGUACCGAACAUCAAGGCUACUUCAAAGUGUUGCUGUAAGACUUCGCAAGCACUCUAAAACUCUGGGAAUGUUUGGUGCCUGGAAUCGAUGCUUGAAUCACCUUCUGACACUUGCAGAGUCUCAUAUUGAGUCUGUCAUCCUUGCAAAGUUUGUUGAAGUUGUCCAGAACUGCCCUGAUGCAAAUGCUCGAGCUGCUCUGAAACUCGUAUGUGACCUUUACGCCUUGGAUCGAAUCUGGAAAGACAUAGGAACUUACCGUAAUGUUGACUAUGUUGCACCCAACAAAGCUAAGGCAAUCCACAAGCUCACAGAAUACCUGAGUUUUCAAGUGAGAAACAUUGCUGGGGAACUUGUAGAUGCAUUUGAUCUUCCAGAUCAAGUUACAAGGGCCCCAAUUGCCAUGCAGUCCGAAGCAUAUGCCCAGUACACUCAGUAUGUCGGCUUCAAGUUCAUUGAGAAAGCAAUAAAUCGUUAAAGAUACUUUUCCAGGAUUGUGGAUGCCAAGAUAGAUGGAAGAAACAGUGAAUUCCAAAACAGAUAGAUGAUUCAUUAUUAUUAUACCACACUGAAUAUUGGUUAUCAAAGGGAAAUGGCGCUGUGUGUAAACUUUUGUCGGCAAUAUAAUUCUUUUUGAUUGAAGAAAAACCUGUUACCUCUCUAGAAGAAGUGUUAGCCAACAUAAACUACAUUUACUUCCGCUGUCUGAUACAAGUAACAGACGUUGUAAAGCAUACAACUGAAUCUUGUUUGUUUUCUACUUGUCAUGAAAGGCGAUUGCUCCUUCAAUUCAGUUAUUAUUGUAGUAUUAGUAUUGGCGCAACACUUUAAAACUAAGAGAUCUUUUCUAUUUCUUCCUGAUUGCUAUUUGCAACACUUUCAGAUUUCACAAAUAUCUAUUUUC